AUGAAGAGAGGACGCGGAUCCGGAGGCGCUAAGAUGCGCAUCACCCUUGGUCUCAACACCGGUGCUAUCCUUAACUGUGCCGAUAACUCUGGUGGUAAGAACCUCUACACCAUCGCUGUUAAGGGCACCGGUGCUCGUCUCAAUCGACUCCCUGCUGCCAGUCUUGGAGACAUGCUCAUGUCCUCUGUCAAGAAGGGAAAGCCCGAACUUCGUAAGAAGGUCCUCCAGUCCGUCGUGAUCCGCCAGC